GUCCUGUGAGAGCGCUAUAGAUCACAACUUGUCUGCCGUCACAGGAAGCUCAAAGACUAAUCUGAUCUGCUGAGGGCUGUGGCCUUGACAUUAAUUAUAUAUUCAAUUUUAUUGAGACAGUUUGCUGCCCGAAUUGUGUCUAUAUUGGGAUCCUCGUUAUCCUUUUAAGCUCGCUGAGGAUGGCUGAGCCAAGUGGGAGAUAUCAGCAGCUGCCCAAUGAAGAGGAGCCAGAGGAGGGACCUCAGGUGGCCAGUGAUCCUCCGCCCCCUUACAGUAGCCUUGCAGCUGAAAGCGCAGCAUAUUUUGAUUACAAAGACGAUGCAACAUUUCCCAAGCCCCCAUCUUAUAAUGUAGCCACAUCUUUACCAUCUUACGACGAGGCUGAGAGAACCAAAGCAGAGGCUACUAUCCAGCUGGUGUCAGGCCGACACAGGGAGCAUCUGGACACAUUCGAUGACGUUACUCGCUGUGUGCUGGAGGAUGAUGACUUUGUGGCCAGAGAUGACUUUGAGGAUGCUGACCAGCUGCAGAUAGGCAACGAUGGCAUUUUCAUGUUGACAUGUUUCAUGGCAUUCCUCUUCAACUGGAUUGGCUUCUUUCUAUCGUUCUGCCUUACAACCUCAGCAGCUGGGCGUUAUGGCGCCAUAUCUGGGUUUGGUCUGUCCCUCAUCAAAUGGAUUCUCAUCGUACGGUUCUCUACUUAUUUCCCUGCUUACUUUGAUGGACAGUACUGGUUGUGGUGGGUGUUUCUGGUGCUUGGCAUCCUGCUCUUCCUCAGAGGCUUUAUUAACUAUGCUAAGAUCCGAAGAAUGGCAGACUCCGUUUCUACUCUUCCACGGACCAGAGUUCUCUUCAUCUAUUAAAGACACUUGCUGGAAAUGAAAACACAUUCUUGGGGCUUGCAUUGAGCCAUUGACACAGUGGGGAAAAUAUAUUUAAGAAAGAAAAAUCCUUCCAUCUGUUAUCUACUCAUCUGAAAGGAAGACCACCGAACUCCAGAGCAUUGAAGGAAGAGCGUGUUUUUUUUUGUUAGUUUUUUCUCUGUCUCUGCUUUUAAAAU